AAUGGACGCCGUGUUCCGAGACUGCAGACGCUCUUGUAUUUUUAGCCUUUUCCCCUGUACCUUUAUGUGAAAGCGAGAGAGAAAGAAAAGAGAGAAAGAGAGAGAGAGGGGGGGAGUGUGUGACCAUGCAUGAGGCCAGUCUGAUUAUUGACUGCAUUGGCUGUCUGUGGCCUGGAGCUCUAUUCCAUCCCCCUAAAAAAAAAAAAAAAAAAAAAAAAGAAAAAAACUCACCUCUCCAAUGUACGUACUGCGAACUCUCCCUCUUUCUCUCUCUCUCUCCCCUCGUCUCUUUCUCUCCCUCUCUCAUCCGGCUUGUGACGAUUUUUUCGCAUUUCCUGCUCCUAGCUCGGAUUGAGGAGUGUGUGUGGUGUGAGAGGGGCGCAUUGCUAAAAAAACAGUGAUGUAUUCUUGGUUUAUUCCACGUCUGUUGCAACGUCCUCUGUGAAGAAGCAGCAGCAGCAGCAAGCAGAAGAAGAAAAAGAAGAAGACUGCAUUUUUGAGAUUACGCGCAAAUAUCGCGUUAGGUCAGAGGGUUGCGCACAGACUUUAAUCGAAAGGAUAAUCCCAGCCCAGCGAAGAAGGAGACGGGGAGAAGGUAUAUCCAGCGGAGGAGCACCGAAAAGCGGAUGGCUAGGCGUUGCUACUCCGGCUGUCCCCCACCCUGACCCGGGGAAAAGGCUCUCCAGCACCGCGCCAGAGAAUUACGCAGAACCAGCGGAGCUCCAGUCGCCGUUUCACCGCAAUAUUCACCACCCAACCCGGUUUAUUUGCACCGAAAACUGGGAUUGUGCACACGAGAGGACCGCCCAUAAACAAAACAAGGCACGGUUGGGAGAUAUUGAUACCUCGCUGUCUUGAGUUAGUCCGAUAUUUGCGCGUUUAUUUUGACAUUUGCGUGGCGUUUGCGUGUUUUAGCCCGCGUUGUUACACCGAUACACAUGCGUAAGGCGGGGGACCGUGUUAUUGGAUGUGAAAGGACUGUGCAGUGACCCCAGAUCAGCGAAAGGAAGCGGUCAAAAAGUCCAAACAUCCUUUACAUUCACAACGACGCUGGGGUCCACCUAGAAGCAGAAAAAAAAACAAAAAAAAAAAACGAGGGGGCGGUCGACGAUAGUCAUGGCGAUACUGCAAUUUUGAUGAUACAACGACAAUCCUCUAUCUCACUCAUCUGUGACCUCAAAGCGUUGUAUGUGAAUUGCAUAACUAUGUAGAUGACUGGCUUAUGUUCUGCCAUUUUAUGCAGAUUUAUACAUACUAUAAGCAACAACUUGGCGUUUUUUUUUGUUUGUUUUUUUACUCACCGUCGCUACGUGUUGCUGUCUUUUCCACUUUGGCACAUGUCAGACCUGCUAUCCUUUCGUGCCAGUGAAUGUAAGAACUUUAAAAUCCAAAUUUCUGACAUGAAUUAUUAGCUUUCACAAUCGUAUAUUUGCAGCUUUAAUUUAUUUAUUUGUAAUGACCCUGUAAUUGGAAUUUGCACGGGUCCACCGCUCCCAGAACCACACUUUAGCACCUUUUAUCAGUGUUUUUUUUUUUUUGUUUGUUUUUUGUUUUUUACACAAAAGUAGCCAUGCCUGUGUUCAAUGGUCUCCUGAAAGUCAAAGUUUGUGAGGCGGUGGAUCUGAAGCCAACGCCGUGGGCCUUGCGUCACGCCGUCGGGAAAAGCGGUUCUUUCCUUUUGGACCCUUACCUCGCGCUCAACCUGGACCAAACCCGACUGGGACAGACCGCGACCCGGACCAAAACGAACAGCCCCGUUUGGCACCAGGAGUUUUGCACCGAGGUGAGGGAGGGACGGAGCCUGGAGCUGUCCGUUUUCCAUGACGCGCCGAUCGGGUAUGAUGAUUUUGUGGCCAACUGCACCAUCCAGCUGGAAGAUCUGCUCCAGAACGGCACGAGGCACUACGAGGACUGGAUCGACCUGGAACCUGAAGGAAAAGUCUACGUGGUCAUCGACUUGUCCGGAUCCUCCACUGAAGCCUCGGGGACCAAUGACAAUGAGGAGCGUGUGUUUCGAGAGCGCAUUGGCCCGCGCAGACGCCAGGGGGCAGUGCGGAGGCGGGUGCACCAGGUCAACGGGCACAAGUUUAUGGCAACGUACCUGCGCCAACCGACCUACUGCUCCCACUGCAGGGACUUCAUCUGGGGCGUCUUGGGGAAGCAGGGAUACCAGUGUCAGGUGUGCACCUGUGUGGUCCAUAAGCGCUGUCAUGAGCUCAUCAUCACCAAAUGUGCUGGAAUGAAGAAACAGGAAGAUACACCGGAGGAGGUGGGAUCACAGCGGUUCAGCGUAAACAUGCCUCAUAAGUUCAGCAUUCAUAACUACAAGGUGCCCACGUUCUGUGACCACUGCGGCUCUCUGCUGUGGGGGCUCAUGAGGCAGGGCCUGCAGUGCAAAGUGUGUAAGAUGAACGUGCACCGACGCUGUGAGACCAACGUGGCUCCGAACUGUGGCGUGGACGCUCGCGGCAUCGCCAAAGUCCUGUCCGACCUCGGAGUGACCCCCGACAAGAUCUCCAACACAGCCCAGCGCAGGAGGAAGGUACGAGACACAAGUUUGACUCCAGGGCAGGACCCUCCCCAGUCUCCUCCGGAGCUCUCCCAAACAGAGGACAGCAACUUCAGCCCCCCCGCUGUGCCCACCUCCCCCUCACAGCAAGACCUGUCUGAGCUGGAGCGGCUACAGGACGCCCUGUCUCUGGAUCAGGGCGGUCCCCAGAACUCCUCCUCUUCUGCCUCCUCCACCUCCUCCUCUUCCUCCUCCACCUCCUCCUCUUCCUCCGCGGGCCGGGAGAACGGACAGAGCCAACGCCGGACGCUCAAAGACUUCAACUUCAUCAAGGUCCUGGGCAAAGGCAGCUUCGGGAAGGUGAUGUUAGCAGAGUUGAAGGGCACAGAGGAAGUUUACGCUGUUAAAGUCCUGAAGAAAGACGUGAUCCUCCAGGAUGACGACGUGGACUGCACCAUGACCGAGAAACGCAUCCUGGCCCUGGCCCGAAGACACCCCUACCUCACCCAGCUGUACUGCUGCUUCCAGACACGGGACCGUCUGUUCUUCGUGAUGGAGUAUGUGAAUGGAGGAGACUUGAUGUUUCAGAUCCAGAGGUCCAGGAAGUUUGACGAGCCGCGCUCCCGUUUCUACGCCGCUGAAGUCACGUCCGCGCUCAUGUUUCUGCAUCGCAACGGCGUCAUCUACAGGGACUUGAAGUUGGACAACAUCCUGCUGGACGCCGAGGGUCACUGUAAACUGGCCGAUUUCGGGAUGUGCAAAGAAGGAAUCAUGAACGGAGUGACCACCACCACCUUCUGUGGGACCCCCGACUACAUCGCCCCCGAGAUCUUGCAGGAGCUGGAGUACGGCGCGUCUGUGGACUGGUGGGCUCUGGGGGUGCUCAUGUACGAGAUGAUGGCGGGACAGCCCCCCUUCGAGGCCGACAACGAGGACGACCUUUUUGAGUCUAUUCUCCACGACGACGUGCUCUACCCCGUGUGGCUCAGCAAAGAGGCUGUGUCCAUCCUCCGAGCGUUCAUGACCAAGAACCCGGCGAAGCGUCUGGGCUGUGUGGUGACCCAGGGCUGUGAGGAGGCCAUCAAAACUCACCCGUUCUUCAGAGAGAUCGACUGGGUGCUGCUGGAGCAGAGGAAGGUCAAACCACCGUUUAAGCCCAGAAUUAAAACCAAACGCGAUGUGAAUAACUUCGACCAGGAUUUCACGAAGGAGGACCCCGUUUUGACCCCAACUGACGAAGCAAUCAUCAGACAGAUCAACCAGGAGGAGUUCAAGGACUUCUCGUACACUGCACCAGAGGAGACGCAAACCUAAACACUCCCACAUUUCCCACAUACACGUAUAAAUAUAUAUAUAGUAAUAUACAAAUGCUAUUGGUUGUUGUUACUUUCAGAAAUAUCCUUUACUUGCAUUGUGUUUGUUCUCGUUGCCUGGGUUUAUUAUGUAAAUGAAUAAGACUAUGAAUUAGACCAGGGCUUGGCUGUAACUUUUUGGCUUUUUGAGCGUUUUUUGUUGUGUUUUUUAAAAUAUGUUUAAUAUUUUAGCUAAAAAAGUAGCUGAAUUGUAAUAAAAAAUAAUAAUAAUUGUCCAAAAUUCAAAUCAAUAUUGCGCUUUACACGUUUGACAAUCUGCUAAAAGCUUAAUCACUCUAAUAUUGUUACGAGUUAGGUGAAGUGUCUUGCUCACUGACACAUGAACAGUUUCAGGAAUCAAACCGACAACCGUUGCGUUCGUGGGCAGCUGCGACUGACCCACUACCGCUUUUUUUGAGCAUGAACGUUUAGAAUUAUUGUAUAUUUAAAGGUGCACUCUCUAACUUUUCGCUUUGGGAGGCACCGCUUUUUGGUCUCCAUUGCUUUGCCUCGAAUGUUCCUCAGUAUGGCUUUUUUUUUUUUUUUCAAUUUCAUGUAAUUUUAUUGAAGAAAAUUACUUAAAACUUGCAUUCUUACUGUGACUUGCAGACUCUCCACCAAUCUUGAGUUUUAACUUGGCUACGUCUCCUUGGAAAGAGACUUGUUAAAGCCGUAUUGUGGAACAUUCAAGGCAAAACAAUAACAUCUCCACAGACAGAAGCAAGUGUCAGAUCUUCCACCUGAAAAGCUACAUAAUGCACCUUUAAAACUAAAUCGAAAUUCCUUUUAGAAGCAUUUAAUCAGCUGCCUAAAGUUAUCGUCAAGCCCUGAAUACGACAGCCCAGUCUCACAGGUGUAAUAGCUUUUGUUGCGUCUACUUUAACGCAGUAAAAUCUAAUCUAAUCAACCGAGCGGAGGCCAACAGAGUCAAAGAAUAGUAAAUUAUUACAUAGAUAUAAAGAUAUAUACUUAUUUAUGAAUGAUGCGUUUCUUUGUAAAGGGAUCAGAUAAAACCCUGGGACAAGUUUACGGUUAAUCCACGACCUUGUUUUCAUGAAUGAGUUAUUGCUUCUUUACCUGAAAUAUUCCACAGUAUGAUGUUAAUCUUAUCGGUCAUUGUCGAGACAAGCAGGUCAAGUUACUGGUGAGAUCUGGUGUUUUUAGCAACAAAAGCAAACCGUUAUCCGUAAUUUCCAGACUAUAAGCCACUACUUUUUUCUCACACUUUGAACCCUGUGGCUAAUAAAACGAUGCGGCGAAUAUAUGGACGUCUUUGUUUGGCACAUUGUCCAUUCAUAUAAACAGUCUAUGGUUUGGUAGCACUAGCCAGGCUGGAGCGACUUAGUUCCUCUGCUCAAUUUCAUUUCUCUCCCGGAACUAGGUCAGGAAUCAGAAUACAAAAGACGGUUCGCAAAAUUCCCGGAAGUGUGAGUUUGGGCACCAGCCCAUCAGCGAAGAGCCAUACAUUCUGUGUUGUCAACGAUUCCCGAGAUUGAGGAUUUAAAGCUGGAACAUAGAGAAUGUUUGGUGAAUUUCAUCAAGGGAAAGACGUUAUUGCCCUUUUUUCUACGGGAUUUGGGAAAAGAUUAAUAUACCAGUUAGCCCCGUUACAUACGUCACGACCAAACAGCAGUGAUUGGUUAAAUCAUAAAAAGUACCCGCCUACCGUCGAGCGAAUGAAAUCUAAGGCUGUGAUGUCAGACGGUUUGUACGAAGUGAAGCAAAGUAAAACCGGCUGAUGGAUCAGGCUAGAUACGCGCAGCCUGAGUGCAGAAAACACCGCUGUCUGUGCGGGCAACACAUGGAUCUAGAGUUCACAUGAAGUUGCUACACUAGCUAUCGAUGUUGUCAGCGCUCUCAAAUUGUUUAUCGCCGUAAAUAAGUUAUGAUGCUAAAUGAACAUUAGUGAGGGGGAUACGUCUUACCCGUAUGUGUUAAUGACGAGAAGAAACGUCUCAAACUUCAGUAGGCGGACAUCCCCUCGGACCGGACUGACAGAACUAACCCCGCCCCCGAGAGAGUCUGAAAUCUGCUCCAAGACACUGACACAUGGAUCUGAAGCAUAACACUGACAUGAUAUGGACAGGACAGAGGCUCUUUCUGCAGGAGACAUGUGCAGUAGAGUCCGGAGAGAGAUGGGGGUGAUGUGGCGAGGAAGAUGCUCGUUUGAUUGUGUUUUGAACUGUUAUUUUGCGCUUCAUGCACACCCUCCUCAUGGAAAACACACGAAGAAAUGCAGAUGAUGAAGCUUUUAAGUUAACGGCGAUUGAUGUGGAAACAGAGCUGCUGCACGUUAGCUCGACAUCAGUGAGUCGAUGGCGAGACUUAAGCGACGGCAGUGUGACAAACUGUCUCGACGCAAAAAGACGACAAAAACUUUCAGAGGCGGACUGAACUUGAAAACGUUCUUGAAGACGUGGAUACCUUCGGCUUAUACUCAGUUGUUGCCUAUAUAUGUAUAAUUUUAAAAUUUCGUUAAAAUUUUUUUGAUGCGGCUUAUAUUUUAGGUGCGCUCAAUAGUCCGGAAAUUACGGUACAUUGAAUACAUGCAUAAGCCAGACUGCGGAACACUCCAGACAAAGUAAUAACAUCUUCAUGGAAACAAAACAGCAAACAAAAAGCUACACAUUGCAUCUUUAACCCAACCCUCGAUUUAAACCCAGUAUUGCAUUUCCAGUAUUAUUAAACUAACUGUGAGGCUGGGCUGGACUAUUACAACACUUACAGCUAUAUUUCACAGUGCACUUUUACUGUUGACAGAAAGCUCCAUAAUCCACUCGCAAAAUGGACUCCUUCGCUCCCCCUCGGCCCAUCCCAGCGUGGGACGGUCCUGUACAUAGCCUGUAUCUUGAGUGUCUGUGUUGAUAUCCCUCCGCUAAUUUCGGAGACGCAUGGACAAGAAUCCUAUUGUGUUGACUGUUUAGGGCCAAAUGUACCCUUUGUGCAAUACCCUGACCAUUGAUCGAUAUAUAUAUUUAACACUUUUGGUUGGUUGUUUUUGCUGUUUGUUUUUUUUUCUUCAAAUGUGUUUUUAUUAUGUCUUUUCGGGGCGGAUAAAUUGUGGUCCUAUGCGCCGUCACUUGAAGUCAAAAGCAGGAGUUUUACCAAGAUUAAGGGAUCAGCUUGCCUUUCUUCCUUUCAUAUUUUUUGUGUUAAGUUCAUUUUUUGUAAUUUCUACUUUGUAACCUUAAAGGGCCCAUAUUACUUUAUUUUCUGAUUUGUUAUAAUGCUGUUUCCUCAUCAAAAACAUACCUGUUUUGUUUUAUUUGCACGUUUAACACACAAAUCCUGCAUAUUUAGACUGAGUUCUUCUCUUAUACUGAAAACACUCCACCUUUUCCACCUUGUGAUCUCAUGUGAUGAUACAGAAAGUGCUCCACUGUGUUUUUAAACAUCAUACACCUUCACGAGAAUCAGUUGGAUGAUUUCUGCCCUUCUCUUGCCAAUCUACAGAACAAAUAAAAUAAAAAAUAGCUGUUAAAAUGUGUACAAUCCAGGCAGAAUCCAUGGCAAAAGAAGAAAUUAAAUUUGUCAACUGGACAAAAGUUUACUAAAAAUAAACUUUUGUCCAGUUGACUAAUUGAAUUUCUACUAGCUGUUAACUUGAAACUUUCGUGACCUCACAAGGUGGAACAAAGCAUUUUCAGUUUUGGAAAUGUAAACAGACAAACUCCAGGUAUGUUUUUGAGGUAACAACAUUAUAACAUGACUUAAAUCUCACAAGAGUCAAACACAUUUCAUAUAAUAAGAAAUCAACUUACUAUAUUCCAUAACAUUGGAAAAGUAUAAAUGUUAACCCCCUCCUCAUACAUUCUGAAAAGGAAAUGAGUUCAUGUCAUACUAUGUUUUGACAGUUUAAUGAAAAAAAAUAUAUAUAUAUGUUAUAAGAAUUUUAAGAAUAUAAGAAUGUUUUAUCUUUGUAAAUAUUUCCCAAUAGAGAAGGAAAAUGAACUUUAAACCAGCUUUUUGUUUUAUAGGCCCACUAAUUACAGAGAUAUUAUGCAUAUAACUCAUCAAAAAUGUACAGAAUUGCAAUUUAAAGGCAAAUUCUACCAUAACAUUUCGCUCAAAGUUAAACUAUAGGAUCUCGUGUGAUGCAAUCUUGAGUCCUGUCCAUGGAUUUCAAAAUUAUGAAAAAUUUGCACUGUUGCUAUAGAAAUUAUUCAUUAAAAACUAAAUCUUAUGUCUUUUAAAUCGUUAAAAUAUAUGCAAAAUUCUGCCAGUGAGGUGGAAGUUGAGAUAAAAAAGAGCAUGAAUACUGUUGUCUGGUUGUCUUUCUCUCUGCAAAUCCAACUUCCCACUCGUGUAAAUAAAGAUAUUACAUGUUUAUUAUUAAUUUAUUACACUGAAAAUCCCCCCAUUUAAAGCUUUUAUCCCUCAGCUUGGUGUAGUUCUUGCGUUUGGCCUCUGGGUGGCGGUGUUGCUUUACUCCAGCGCGCCCCUGGUUCAUGUUUUAAACGUGCGUACAAAGUGAAUGUUAAGCUUUACAGGCUAUUGAACUAAUUACACGGAGCAGAGUGUUACAGGAAGCCUGGGUUGCAAUGAAAAAGCCUAGCUCGCUCAGUCAUCUGCUUAAAGUCUAAAUAUUUUGUUUUGGGUUUUUUUUAUAUUUUUAUUUUAUUGACGUGAAUGUAUAUUUUUGUGAGUGAAUGCAUGAUACUGUAUGUAAUAGGCCUAUUUGUGUCACUUCCAGGCUAUGUUCAAACUUCAAUUUCUAACGGGCAAUUUGCACUCCAAAAUUUCAAAGCAACAUGUGAAUUUUUCAGUUUAAUUCAUAAUUUUUCUAUUUUUUUAAAGCUACAAUUAGAAUGAUGUAAGAUUUGAGCUUCUGAACUGCCUUUUAAUUGUGUUGCUGGUGAGUUGAAUUUGUUUAUUAACAUUUGUAGCCACUAUGUGUAUGUCUUCGUAAAGGAUUCAAAUAUACGGAAGCCCUGCAGGGACAUGUGAAGUUACAAAACACCACAACAAUCUUUUCUUUCUUUUUCACUCCAUAACUUGUUCAAAAACACAAAAAUAAUUGCUUUGAUUUGAGGUUCAACUGUAGUUAUAUUCAAACACAUCAAUUUAAUAAUUUAAGCUUUUUCUAUUUGCUUUAAGUUUGUCCCCUUUGGAGUGCUGUAGUUGUAGUAUUAAUGCAACUACAAGCAUAAGUACUGGAUAAUCUUAAACUUUAUAAUCUUACUUUAAAUUCAAAUGUAUAAAGUGAAAACUAAAUGUAAAAUUAUUGAAAGUAUUACAGCAACUAGUUACCAGAACAGUUUUAAGAAUUUUACCAUGAAUUAUCUUAACACUAAAAUUUACUCUUUUUUUUAAAAUUUUAUUUUAUGAAAUUACUGUAAUUUACUAUAAUCUGGCAACACGUUUUUGUUAUGUCCAUAUGAUUCACUAUUCACUAUUUGUACAGUACAUGAGAAAAGUUCUGUUAAUUGUCACUACGAAUAUUUCACAGCAUUUUUGGUUUGUUUGUUUGUUUGCGGUUUCAAAUUGUAAACGAUUCAAAUCUAUGGUAGCCCUACAGGGACAUUUGGAGUUAUAGAUGUUUUCUUUCUGUUUUUCCACUCCAUUAUUUACCUAAAAACACAAAUUAAUCCUUAAAUUUGAAAACUUUUAAGUUAAAAUAGCAACAUUAUUGAAAAAUAUUAUUGCAACUGUGAUUAUUAGAAUUUUAUCAUGACGUAUCUAGUAACAUAGACAUAAAUGCGUAAUAUUUUGUGUUGCCAGAUUGCAUUGCAUAAAAUUCUGUUAAUUAUAGCUAUCAAUAUUUCACUGCCUUUUUUACUUUUCUGUUUCAAAUUCAAAUGUAAAUAAUUCAAAUCUAUGGUAGCCCAGCCUACAGGGACAUUUGUAGUUAUAGAUGUUUUCUUUCUAUUUUUCCAGCCCAUAAUUUACAUAAAAAUACAAAUAAUUGCUUAAAUUUGAAAACUAUUAAGUGAAAACUGUGAAAUUACUGAAAAACACAGAAAAUUUUGUGUUGCCAGAUUUUUUGUAUCAAAUUCAAAACAGAUUUUUAUUGUAAAGGAUUCAAACUACGGUAGCCCUACAGGGACAUUUGGCCUUAUAGACGUUUUCUUUCUGUUUUUCCACUCCAAAAUUUUCAUAAAAACACAAAUAAUUCCAUAAAUUUGAAAACUCUUAAGUUAAAACUGUGAAAUUACUGUGAAAACAUGCAAAAUUUUGUGUUGUCAGAUUGUGUAAAAUUCUGUUUAUUGUAGCUACCAGCAUUUCACUGCCUUUUUUGUUUCAAAUUCAAAACAGAUUCAAGGAUUCAAAUUUAUGGAAGCCCUAAAGGGACAUUUGGAGUUAUAUUUAUAUAUUUGGAGUGUUUUUCCACCCCGUAAUUUGCUCAAAAUAUUAAUAAUUGCUUAGAUUUGGGGUUCAAAUGUAAAAUUACACAAAAUAUGCACUUGCAAUUUUUUUGUUUGUUUGUUUUUUUGUUUGUCCCUUUUAGAAUACCGUAGUUGUAGUAUAAUACAACUUCACUCCUACUAGCAAAGAUUAUAUAAUAGGCAAUGCACCUUAAAUAUAAAUUAAAAUUGCUAAAUUACUGUAAAAAUUAUUAGGUAUUUCCAGAAAUUCACCAUGAAACAUCAAAACAUAAACAUGUAAAAAAUGUCGCGUUUCCAGAUUGUGCAAAAUUCUGUAAAUUAGCUCCAAACAUUUCACUGCCUUUUUUUUUUUUCAAAUUCAAAACAGAUUUUUAUUUGUUGUAUCUUUUUUUUUUUUUUUUUUUACUUUAUUCGUUGCAGUUUGAACAUAGCCUCUGUGUAUUUGUGCAUCUCUCUAUAGUUACCACAGUGUUUUAAUGCAGUCCCCAUUGUCCUAUAUUUCCAUCAGCCAAACGACACUGCUUUUUUCAAUGAACUUUCAACGCUUUUAUUUCUUUUACAACUUUUUUCUUUUAUAUUAUUAUUAUUAUUAUUAUAUUGUAAAGUGUAUCUGGGGGACAUCUUUGUGUAAUAUACUAUAACUAUACUCUCUGUUACAGCCAGGUGAAAUUAAUUGUCUGAAAAUACUGUAUUACCUCUCAUAUGACAACAUCCAUACAGCUUAUUUCUUCCUCUUUUGUGAUACGAAAAUAAACUCGGAAACAUACAGAAUGAAGUGGAGAGCUGUAAAAAAUACCAUUUGGAAGUUUUAGGUAAGAUUUUUUUGGUGUUAGUGAUGCUUUUGUGCACCCAUGGGCGUCUAGGGUCUGCUGCUGGUCACUAUUUAAAAAUAACCUGUGCCAAAAUGUAGUGCAACAGCCGGGCUAGUCCUGCCUGCUCUGGAUCCAAUAAAACACUGUCUACAUCAA